AUGCAGCGUCGUCGUGCCCAACGGGCGCGCGGCGAUAUGUGCCGAGCGGCGCAGCUCCGAGUCAGGCCAUUCGUCCCGCACGUGGUACAAUGGAGGCCAGAGGCCAGUUUCAGACUGGCGGAGCAUGACGCCCAGCCCAUUCGAUUUAUUAUGAUCGACAUCCGCGGGGGCAACCAGGCCGUCGUCAAGUGGAUCAAUGGGAGGUGGUGCUGCUUCAAUCCGAGGGUGGGGCCGCCGCUACGACGGGCUAUGCGUGUACUACGUGAUCUCUCGGCCAAUGGCUCAGCCAUCCCGGCGGAGGCUGGAGGCGACUGGCUCCGGCACGAGCUUCGAAGAGGCAAUGCUGUCGCGGAUGAGCUGGCUGGGAAGGCGGCCAGACGCCAUUGCACCGAGUACUGCUCCCACGACUCCGCUCGUCAGCGCUUCCCGGCGCCUGGGCGGACCGUUUACUUGAGAUGUUUUUUGCAGGGGAGCCUCAAAGGUCAGCAUGCCGUUGCAGGGUGCUCGAUAGAGAUUUGGCUGCAAGAUGGGGCUUGGCAUCAGUGGAAGACUGCAUCCGUGUUUCUCGGCUGCGUGACAUCCGCAACAGCAGAGCUGGUUGCCGCCUCAACCUUGAUCGACUUUUUGGCGAAAAUGGUCUCCUGUCGCACGCCUGCCGAUAUGAACGACAAGAGCUGGGAGGACGAUGACGACCGGCGUCCGCGCACCCUUCGUCGCGUGUAG